AUUGAACUCCGAGUUCUGAAUUAUUCAGCGCUGUAGGAGGAAGUGUUUGCGUCAGAGAUAUUGUAAUUUUACAAUAAUAACGCUCACAUGAAAUUUCAGAAACUUUAAAACGUUAUUUAUUGAAAAGUUCUAUUGCGCAAAAUGAUUGGAUUAUACAACAAAAAAAUAAUUAUUUUAUGCAGGUUCAAUGAUUCUUCUAACAAAUUUUGUGUUAAUCUGUAAAAUUCAGUGAUGAUCAAAUCUUCAGAUGUUUUUUGUGUGAUUAGGAAAUGGAAUAGUAUAUGUUUUCUUAAAGAAUCAGAUUAAAAGGGUAUUCUAGACAUGCUGAAGCAAUAUGGAUUUUGUAAUAUUUAAAUGAAAAGAUAUAAAUGAUAGACAGUUUCUGUUGUGACGUACUCAAUGGUAACCUGAUGUCAAAUCUCUGGGUACUCCAGGCCAUUGUCGUACUAUGUCUUGUGGGCCUAAAGGUAAUGUGUUCAGGUGUGUUUGAAGUUUCCAUAAUAAAGCUGAACAACAACAGAGGUGUAACGUACAAUGGCCGAUGUUGUAAGGGGCCAUCGACUUAUUCUCCUUGCUCCGAAGAAUGUGAGACAUUUCUGACCGUUUGUCUCAUGAACUAUGUUCAGUCAAUGCCGUCGCCUCGAUUGUGCACGUACGGCUCUGCGAUGACUUCAGUUCUUGGUAGAAAUAACAUUGGCUUAGACCAAAUCAAUGACGGCGAUAAAGUUAUCGAACUACCAAUAGACUUUGCAUGGCCGGAGAAGUUCACUUUGAUCGUUGAAUCAUGGCAUGCAGUGAAAGGAGUGGUCGAGGUCAAAGAUUCUACCCAGUUAAUAAUUCAGUCAUUUAUAUCUACCACCCUUGUACCAUCAAUGGAGUGGUCAGUGGAUACUACACUUACACCGACUUCCGAGCAAAAGGUUCGCUACCGUCUCGUGUGUAACAGACAUUACUAUGGUAUCGGAUGUGACGUAUUAUGCAGACCACGUGAUGAUCAGUUUGGACACUUUACCUGCAGUGAAAAUGGUACAAAGAUUUGCAAAAGUGGGUGGAUUGGAGAUUUCUGUGAUCAACCAUACUGUAGCGAGGAAUGCUUGAAGAAUGAUGGACGGUGUGAAAGGCCGCAUCAGUGCAGAUGCAAGUUAGGUUGGCAAGGAAAGAAUUGUGAAGAAUGCAGGCCAUAUACCGGAUGUCUUCGUGGUUACUGUCUCCAACCUUAUCAGUGUAUUUGUGAGAAUGGCUGGACUGGAGAUUUGUGUGAUAUAGACUUAAACUACUGCACCAAAACACAGCCUUGUAUGCAUGGUGGAACAUGCAUUCGAGACCUGAUGGGUAAUUACACAUGUCUUUGUGCUCCUGGCUUUGGGGGAAGAAAUUGUAUGAACCCAUUAUGUUAUGAUGGUUACUGCAAACAUGAUGGAACAUGUCUGACAAGAGGUGGGGUAAGAGAGUGUCAUUGUUCAGAAAAGUUUUACGGUGGCCAGUGUGAACACAGGAUACUAUCUUGUAUGGAAUUACAGUGUCUCAAUGGAGGACAGUGCCAGACUGGAGAGUUUGGUGGUUAUUGUACUUGUCCGGAGAAAUACACUGGAGAGAGGUGCGAACAUAGUAUCACACCUUGUUCGUACCUGCCAUGUGAAAAUGGAGGAGAAUGCAGGGAAACUACAAAAUCUUCUUUAGGUUUUAGAUGUCUAUGUCCUCCUGGGUUCGGUGGAUUACAUUGCUCUGUAGCAAUAGAUCCUUGUGCCGGUGUUAAGUGUUUUCAUGGCGGAGCAUGCAAAUUUAAAGCAGGCGACAAAAAGCCAAAAUGCGCGUGCCAAAAUGGAUUUGUCGGUGAAUUCUGUGAAAUUAGAACUGAUCCAUGCGCUGGAGUGAACUGUAAAAAUUCGGGUACAUGUAAACCGUCUCCAAUGGGAAAUGGAUUUUUGUGUCAUUGUUCUAAAGGUUAUCAUGGAGAAGUUUGUGAAUUAGAGAUGAACCCAUGUGAGAGUUCACCGUGUAAAAAUGGCGGGUCAUGUAAAAAUUAUAUUUCAAGAUUUCACUGCAUUUGUCCUGAGACGUUUUCAGGAAAAUAUUGUGAAAGAACAGAAUUUGAAAAUAAGCAUGGCCACGUGUCCCCAACACAAAAUGAUGGGACAUCGGAUCAAAAUGACCUUGACAUGACAGAGAGAAGCAAUACCUCUAUAAAUGGAUCAAACUCGUCCUAUUCGACAAAGAUUUUAUGGAGUUUGAUUAAAUUGUUUAUGGUGGUUGUGUUGGCUCGUAUCUUAAAAAGAUCUCUUUUAUUCGAAUAUUGACAUUAUUCCUCAUGUUAAUAUGUGAUAAAUGUAUAAAUAUAGAUUGAUAAAAUCA